UGGAGGACAAGGAGGGCGACGACGCAGGCACACGGUUCUAUAAGGCAGCUGCUCGGGCCAACGUCGUUAUGAGGAAUUACAUCCAUGAACACGGCAGCCUUUACAUGGAUGAGAACGGCAAGUACAUGAUGGACAACUCCGACCAAGUUGAGGAAAUACGUUGCAAGCAUGUUACAGCAGAAGAAAUGGAAGCAAAGAUAAUGAAGCAAGAGAUGACUAAGGAGCAAACUUAUUUAUCAGAACUGGCUUUAGCGAGUUUCAACAAGAGGAGAAAGGUGAAGUUUGAGUUGUGUGAGACAUUGCUUUCUAGACUCUUUUACGAGAGCAGACGUAUUUUUACGCACGUAAAUUUCGUCGCCAUGCGCAAGGAUAAGAAAAAACUCUUUUUCGCCGAGAUAGAGGACUGCGGACAGGGUCGUGAAGAGAUCUUGAAAAUGCCAAAGCCGUCGGUGGCGGCGCUCUACGUCGUCGUUCCCUUCUUGAAGGAAUCACCGAGAAGUUCUAGACUACUAUCUGCUACCUCCGGGGAAACCCUAGAUCGAUAG